GAUAGGCGAUCCAAAGAUGGCUUCUUUUCGUUGUCGGCGAGAUCCCUGCGGUUUUAUCUGUCUUGUUCUGACGUAUUUCAGCGUGUUUUACGCCGACUACGUGGUUAUUCAGUAUGUGCUGAUUCCCGCGUACUCAGGAAGUGUAUGGUGCACUCUUCACGCGUCUAUAUUUAAUGUCAUAUUGCUACUGCUACUGGCAUGUCAUUCAAAAGCGGUGUUCUCGGACCCAGGCAUGGUUCCCCUCCCUGAGACGGCUAUCGACUUUUCGGACCUCAGGUCUCAGACCAGUCGCAUGACUGACAGGGGUUGUGAGGGCUGGACCGUGUGCAGCCGCUGCGAAACUUAUCGGCCGCCCCGUGCUCAUCACUGCCGUGUGUGUCAGCGCUGCAUCAGACGCAUGGACCACCACUGUCCGUGGAUCAAUAACUGUGUCGGGGAGCUCAAUCAGAAAUAUUUCAUCCAGUUUCUCUUCUAUACUGGCAUGGCAAGUCUGUACUCCAUGGCUCUGGUGGUGUCAGCAUGGGUGUGGAGGAUACGGAGUGAGAGAGAGGGAGAUGGAGAGAAAGAAGGAGAAGAAACUCCUAGUAAACAUCUGAUAGUGGCACACUACAUCAUUUUGUUAGUGGAGUCUAUUCUGUUUGGUGUUUUUGUCUUGGUGAUAUUUUAUGACCAGUUGGUGUCCAUUAUAACAGAUGAGACCCCCAUUGAGCAGAUGAGAAACAGACUGAUGAUGGACCGAAACAGUGGUGGGCAGCCUGUGCACCCUCCACACACACGGAAGCCCAAAAUCGCCCUGCUGCGGGAAGUGUUCGGGCGAGGUGAGUUCAUCCUUCCCCGGCAGACGAGUCGGGGCGGUGGUUGCAGGCUCUGUGCUGUGUUGGCUGUUCCCACUCCACUCCUCUCCCCCCUCUGCUGGAGGGAUCAGUUACUCGGCUGUUCCAGACUAUGAUGUGUAGAGCUGGUUGAUUGUUGAUUCUCUUAACAAUGGCUUACGUUGAUUAAUGGUGGGCAAGUGUAUGAAGACUACUAUGAAGGUUUUUUAACUUGGUUGCACUCAACACUUGAGCACAUUUUGUAUCUAUAAGUGCCAUGUACCAUAAUCUGUGUACUCAGCACUUAUGAACACACAAUGUAUGCAAGUCCUAAGAGCUACUAAGCAGGAAAUGUUAUGUUACAUGUUGCACUUUUUUUUCUAACUUUAUCUGUCUCUGAGUGAUUUAUCUUUGCUUACAUUGGGCUAGUGUUGAUUUUAUUGGUUUUUGCAAACACUGAUUGUAAUGAACCAGCUAUGUCUGUGCAGUGCUAUUACUUAUCUACGUGGACUUAAACAAUUUGCUAGGUGAGCAGUCAGCUGAUCCAGGCAGGCUGCAGUUCUACACUUGCCUGAGACGCAGUGACACCAUCUACAACGAGCUCUGAACUAACAUCAGGACUUGGGACUGAGCAACGUCGUUCGGUGUCUGUUUUGGUUCCACCUCGCACAAAUUGCAUCAGGUAGUGCCUUCUCAUGUUCCCAUGCCUAACUAGAGUUGCUAAAAGAAAAUUCCCUGGCACAUGCUAUCGCUUUCACUGCGUUCACACUCGGAAAAUAAACUGAAGUAUUUCUGUAGUUACAAGUCCUGCUAAUGUGCAAAUAAGUGAAGGAAGCAAGGUGAAGGUGCAUACAGAUGCUGUGAUUUUGAGAUCUUUUGGCAAGGACGUUUUAACCACAUGCUAAAGGAUAAGUAACAGUAUAAUUAAAAUUAACUACACAAUCACAGUAUGAAAAUGAUCAUAAGCUUUCAGGUAUUCUAUAAACUGCAUAUCCUCUAACCAAUGUGUAGCUUCUAAACUGGCUACCUGUUGUGUUUUCUCUUGGUUAGGGAUUAACAGGUUAGGAUAGCCUGUGGGGUGGCUGCCACAAUUUUGGUAGUUCUGGUUUGAGCCUUUGACAUUAACAAGUGGUGCAGACCUUACAAAGCUGAUGUUAUACACAUACAAUGACAACAGUACUGGCAUAUUGUCUGACUUGAAGUGAAGGUGUUUUCCUCUUCAAAUAAUCACACCAGUUCUUUAUUCAUAUUUGUUUUUGAAGUCGUUCAGGUUUUUUGAAUGCAGAGUCAUUGUAUAUCUUAACUGUACAUAAACAUGUAUUUGAUAGCCUUUGUUGCAGAGAAAGUAUUACAGCAUUUUGGAGUACAGGGUUAAUUUUUUAUUUGUAAUAAAUUUGUUUGGCUGUUUGUUGAGAGAUUUAGGGAUGUGUGUACAUAGCUAAUGAUGUUUUAUGAUGUUUACAUCUAUAUUUAUUGUAAUUUAUCCGUGAAACUGCUGCUCAGACUCGUGAAGUAAAGAACAUCUUUUAACA